AAGCCAACAUCUGCGUUGAAGACAAUCCCUCUUGUGUGGCCGUUUGCAGUAUGGGGAUUAGAUACAGUCGGUCCAUUCAGGACAGGCCAAGGAGGAUACACACAUCUGUUGGUGGCAGUCGACAAGUUCACAAAAUGGAUUGAAGCCAAGCCCAUCAAGAAGCUCGACGCCCUAACAGCCAUCAAGUUUGUCAGGGACAUCAUCUCCAGAUUCGGUGUACCUCACAGCAUAAUCACGGACAACGGGACAAACUUUGACUCGGACAGAUUCAAAGGUUUCUGUGCAAGCCAAGGUAUCCGAGUGGAUUUUGCUUCCGUGGCGUAUCCUCAAUCCAAUGGACAAGCAGAGCGGGCGAAUGGACUUAUUCUGCAAGGUUUGAAGCCCCGACUCCUGCGAGAGGUGGGACAUGCCGCUGGCGCAUGGGUCACCGAGCUACCUUCAGUGCUUUGGGGUCUGCGCACAACCCCGAACAGAUCUACAGGGCGAUCACCGUUCUUCCUCGUUUACGGAGCAGAAGCAGUCCUUCCGAGUGACUUGCUUCACAAUGCUCCACGAGUCGAACUCUUCUCCGAAGCUGAAGCAGAACAAGCAAGGCAAGACGGAGUGGACCUUCUAGAGGAGGAGCGCGAGAUGGCACUGACUCGCUCAACCAUUUAUCAACAAGAUCUACGACGUUUUCACGCACGACACGUCAGGAGUCGCACGUUCCAAGCAGGAGACCUGGUGCUCCGAGUGGAUCAGCAAAGACCUCACAAGUUGAUACGUUGGAGACGUAUCAUCCCCCAAUGGCGGCUGCCUCGCCUCGACCCCGCCAUGGGCCAUUCCAGUGAGACGCCAGCCCUUGCCUUCACCUUACUGGACCCCGCCACCGGCCUACCACCUCACCACGCCGCCCCUCUUCUCACCAACGCGGGAGAGCAACCACCCCAUCCCCCUCACCUCUCUUCCCCUCACCGGCUCGGCGACGCCGUGCUGCCUCGCAACCGCCCCCUGCGCUCUACGCCCACGCUCGUUGUGCCCCCCGUUCGGUCACGUCCACAUCAUCCCUCAGACCGUCGCGCGUGCUUCGGCGCCCCUCUCACCCCUGCCUACGCCAUCCGCCACGCGCACCUCACCCGCACCCCCGUGCGCGCCACCGUCGGUCGUUGCUGGGCCUCCACACCACCAUUGCCUCGCAAAUUCCUACCUCGGCUGGCCCCAGCCCCGCUGGCCAUGUCUUUGGCCGGUCCCGUUUUGGUUAGUGGGGCUAAACACCACCCCACUAACCCACCUUACAUGUGUAUGAGGACGGGCCCAAACUCAUGA